AUGCGUUACCAGAUCCUCGCCACUGCCCUUGCGGCCCAGAUCACCCUCUCGGCUGCCAUGCCCUCGCCCGACAAGACCGUCUACGAGACCGAGAUCGACACCAUCACCUCCUGCGGUCCCGAGGUCACCAACUGCCCGGCUCGCAGCACCCAGCCCGGCUACGCCGCUCCCUCUGAGCCCGCUGCCGUGACCAGCGUUCCCGCCUACGCUCCCCCGUCUGAGCCCUCUGCUCCCGCCUCGGCCCCGUCUGGCCCUGCUUCGUCUGGCCCGGCUCCCUCUGCCCCGGCUUCGUCUGGCCCGGCCCCGUCCGCCCCGGCCCCGUCCGCCCCCGCUUCCAGCGGCGUUGACGGCAGCCACCCCGACGGCCCCAAGACCAUCUACACCACCGAUGUCCAGACCAUCACCUCGUGCGGUCCUGAGGUCACCAACUGCCCGGCCCGCAGCACCCAGCCCCCGGCCACCGCCACCGGCUCUGUUCCCUCCGGCACCCCCGGCAAGACCUGCGAGGAGCAGGAGAACAUGUGCCGCGGCAAGCCCAACGCCAACAUGGCCACUUGCUCUGCUGAGCGUGCUGCCUGCGACGGCUACAUCCCCGGCCAGCCCUCGGGCACCACCUCUGCCCCCGCUCCCUCUGGCACCUCCUCGGGCGGCCAGACCUGCGAGGAGCAGGAGAACAUGUGCCGUGGCAAGCCCAACGCCAACAUGGCCACUUGCUCUGCUGAGCGUGCUGCUUGCGAUGGCUACAUCCCCGGCCAGCCCUCCGGCGGCAGCCCCCCGAGCAACGCCACCGCCUCGCUCAGCAACCCGACCCCCACCCCGGCUCAGCCUACCCCCGCCCAGUGGACCGGUGCCGCUUCGGCUUCGUUCGUCUCCUUCGGCGUCAUGGCUCUCGGUGCCGCCGCUGCUGCUUUCGUCAUGUAA